UUUACCAACAGAUGGCAUCACUGUGCCAUCUUACACCCAUAACAUCCACGUCUAUAAAUUAGAUGACAUUAAAAACUGAGACAGAGACAGCUGUACACGCCUGGACACACGGAGUUUGACUGGGUGAAGCAAGAAGACUGAAAUCUACAUGGCAGAAAAUGACGUCGACAUGGUGGAAGUGGGUGAUAAUUCUGACCCAGCCUUGGCUGCCAGUAGAGCACUGCACCAUCCACAAUGGGCAUCUCCGAGCCCCCAUGGGGACCUGUAUUUGACAGAUGAUGAAUCUGAAGGAGGACUGGAUACACCACCCCAGGUCACAGAUCUGUAUUGGUCAAAGGAGGAGAUUGAGGGAAAUGAGAUGAAUGUGUAUCCUGCUGGAGGAGCUACUGGCUCUAAUAAAGACAGACAAUCACAGAGAGAUCAGCAUUCUCCCAUCAACUCCCAAAGGACUCAACAUGUGGAUCUGAAUCAAGCUAAGGUUGAAGAGAGAAAGCAGACAUCAGCAUCUCCAGAUGAGGCUACAGUCUACAUCACUGUGAAGUGGCCUAGGGAAAACCUUCCAUCAAAAUGGGAAUCUACACUAGAGAAAACUCUCCAGUCAUGGCUCAAUAAAGACUUUGGUGAUAAGACUACAGAUUGUACCGUGAAAGGUCUUUAUUACAAUGGGUCAUGGGCUGAGGUCAAGAUAACUCCCUCAACAGAUCUAAAAGUACUUCUGAAUCAGAGGGAAACACAGAUGACCUUCAAAGACCAGGCCAAGACAACCGCUACAGUGCAGUUUCACAAGACUGCACCGUCUACACCCCGGAACCAAUCAGACUGUAAACGUAGCUCAAUGGAUGGCUCUCCUCCAAAGUCACACACUCCACAGGAUGUCAAACUCCCAAUAACUGUAAAUACUAUCAUUGACCUCAGUGGCAUCACACAUGAAGCACAGGUUGCCCUUCAGACCAGGUUCAGUCAGUACCGCACUUAUCACUCACUGACCUUUACUGGGAACUUUGAUGAAGUGGAGAAGUUCCACAGAGAGGUGAACAAGGUCAUCAAGGAAGCUGAGGCUGGGCCAGCAGGUGAUUGGAAUGGUUUAGCAGCGACACCAAGCAUGACUCACAAGGGAAUGAACACCCAUGAAGCCCCUGGGCAAAAGGAAAUGAGCUUUCCAGUCCCACUGACCUUCUUUGGGUACAUGAACCAGGCCUACCAGAAGGAGAUGAAGGACAUAGAGAAAAGAAAUGGAGUGAAAAUCAAUGCAGAUGUGAAGGUGUCUGUCAAAGAAGAUUCAGAGAAAACAGGCAGAGAUUUUCUGAUGUCCGAAGCCUACCAGGAGUUAAUUGACCUCUUCCAGAAGCAUGCAGGUGAUUUUGACAGCAUCUCCGUACAUUUGCCACACAUGAAUCCAGAAGACCUCCAGAAUACGCUGAAGAACAUCCAGAAUGAGGAGUCCAGGCUGGUGCUGAACGUGUCCGCCAACAGUUGCAAUGUGUUUGGGCUGAAGCAGAGCAUGGUAGCAGUCGGGAAGGCUUUCGGGGUGGGCCACAGCUCCACAGUGAAGACCUUCGAAAUGGAUCACAGCUCCACAGAUAAGGCCUUUGGAUCUGGAAGGAGAUCUACAGAGAUUCCACUUGAGAUCAAAGACCUACUGGUGUCAAGUGGGCUGUCCAUGGACCCAGCCCACUGGGAGCUGAUUAAAAAAAUAUUUCCUGAAAAAAUAACAGCAAUCCAAAAUAAAUUUGGAGUAGUUUUCAUGAAUUAUCCCUCUCAGGGGAAGGUCAGAGUGACAACCAGACCUAUCAAGUCCCAACACACUGCCUCUCUGGAAAGCCACGCCAUCAGAGCUUUCAUGCACCUCUACCAGAAGGUUGCCACGUCAACAAUGAGCUGCUACCUGCUAGACACUACCCAGGCAGGGACCGUGGGGGAUAUGCUGGAGAAGAUCCGCUCUCGACACCAAUGUGUUGGGGCAGGAGAAAACUACGGUCCCUGGAGGCUGAUCGGCCUACCGGAGCAUUUAGGCCCUGCUGUCAAAGAGCUCGAAGAGAAGCUGGGUGGGCCUGUGUUUAAAGAGGAAGACAAGCAGAGGAUUGUGUAUCCUGAAGACUUCAACACUGGAGCAGCUGAGGUGGGAGCAACUGGAGAAGCGACAUGCCCCAUAUGCAUGGAUAUAUUUAUCAACAAGGAGAAGUUGUCGUGCACCCAUGAGUUUUGUAAAGAGUGUCUGAGGCUGUCAGUGGAAACCUUGGGCCCCUGCUGUCCUGUGUGUAAGGAUGUGUACGGGAAGGUGGAGGGAGACCAGCCCGAUGGAACAAUGACACACACCAUUUCUUCCACCAACCUACCUGGAUUCACUCAAUGUGGCAUGAUAGUUAUCAACUAUGAUAUUCCAGAUGGAAAACAGACGAAGAAACAUCCCAACCCUGGAAAGCAUUUCUAUGGGACCAAAAGAAGCGCUUAUCUACCCAAUAACAUUGAGGGGAAUGAGGUGCUAAAGCUGCUGAAGAAAGCAUUUAAUCAGAGGCUGAUUUUCACAGUUGGGAUCUCCAGAACCACUGGGACAGAGAACAUAGUGACCUGGAACGACAUUCACCACAAAACCUACAUCGGAGGAGGGGCACAAAAUUACGGCUAUCCUGACCCUGGCUACCUGAGCAGAGUGAAGGAUGAGCUGAAAGCCAGAGGCAUCAAAUGAAGACAUUUUUGGAAAUAGAACAGAAGACUAGUUCAGUUGAGAUUCAAAGCUGCAUACUUUAAAAUUAAAACAGAGGGGAAAGCUAUACUAUGGAUUCAAGAUGUUUGUUGAUUGUUUGCCAUAUCACUGUUCCCUCUCUGGGUUGUGACAAUACAAGAGUCUUUUGGUGUCCGGGACCUUUUUGGUCAAGAUUCUUUGUUUUAUGAAGCCAUUUGUCUAAACAAAUGUCAACUUUCGGGGGAUUUAGUUUUGAUUGGUAUACUGGUAGUUAUUUUAUUAUAGAUGCUUGGAUCUAGGCUAACGUGUGAGCUAUGACAAUAUAUCUUGAAUGAUUAGAAAUAUGUAACAUUAAUCUUGUUUGAUUAUCAUGUCAGUGCUUUUAAACAGAAUGGUAACAUUCAGAUUUAAAAUCAACCUCAACAUAUUAGAAUUACCAGGUGAUCUCAUUAUUAGAUCCACUUGCUCACUUAAGGCCCAAUACACGUGUUCUUGUGUAAUGAAAAUAAAACGUUCAUUUAAGACUGAUCUCAUAUUAAUUGUUGUAAACUCUAGUCCAGCUAGAUAUUAAAACACAUCCACAGAAGUGACCAAACUGCGAUACCAACAAUGUAAUGACGACAUAAAAGAACACAAAUCCAGUUGAUUGUUUUUAAAAUUGUAUUCAUAACAAUCUGUUAUUUAGCUUGUAAAGUACUCUACCAAAAACAUAUAUUCUCUUUCCAGAAUAAAGUUUGAGCCUCCAUGCAUUUUGUACUAUAAAAGCUAUGUGUAAUUUCUCAUAAAACAAGGACUAAUCAAAAGCAACUUAAAUCCAAGAACGCAUGUAUGAACUUGUAUCUCCUUUCAAUUAAAUAACAUGCAACCGCAUAAAUAAAAAAUAACACUUGCUGACAGGUAAGCAAAAUA